AUGGAUACUUCAUCAUCAAGUUCAAGUGAUGAUGAACGUGUAAUUGAAUUUGUGAGUAGACUUGGAAGAACAAGAAAACCUAGAAUUUUUCGUAAACGUGCAGAUCAUUUUAUUGAAUGGGAUGAAAAUGAAUUUUAUAACAGAUUUCGUUUAAGUAAACGAUGUGUUAAUACUGUACUGGACCUUAUAGCAUUUAAAAUUGAAUCUCCCACUAAUCGAAACCAUGCAGUAACAUCGUCACAAAUGAUUUUAUUCACAAUUCGUUUCCUUGCGUCUGGUUGUAUGUUAAUCACUGCAGGAGAUUUUGCAGGAAUUCAUAAGACAACUGCUGGAAAAUAUAUAUGGAAAGUUUUACAGGCAAUAGCUCAAUUGAAAAAAAAGUUUUUAAUGUUUUCUAAUGAUCCAGUAGUUCUUCAAAGUAUUAAAAAAAAAUUUUAUUCUAUUGCGAAAUUCCCAAAAGUUGUUGGUGCAUUGGAUUGUACUCAUGUAAAGAUACAAUCACCUGGUGGAUCAAAUGCAGAGGUAUAUAGAAACAGGAAGCAGUUUUUUUCAUUAAAUGUUCAGGCAAUUUGUGAUUCAAAUUUAAAAUUUCUUGACGUAGUUUCGCGGUGGCAGGGGUCAGCACAUGAUUCCCGAAUUUUUCAACAUUCAAAAAUAUGCUCACGUUUUGAGAAUGGGGAAUUUGGGGAUAGUAUUCUCAUAGCAGAUAGUGGAUAUCCUCUCAAAAAAUAUUGCAUUACACCACUGUUGCAUGUGGAAACUCCCGCAGAAAACUUGUUUAAUGAAUCACAAAUCAGAACAAGGAAUCCUAUAGAAAGAACGUUUGGUGUGUGGAAAAGAAGAUUCCCAAUUCUAUCUACAGGGAUUAGAUUAAAUAUAAGAAAAGCACAAUGCUUAAUCAUGGUGACAGCUAUUUUACAUAAUAUUGCAACAAUAGAAAAAGAACAAGUACUACCUCCAUUACCAGUAGAAAUCGAAGAAGCCAUUAAUUUUCUCAACUUGUAG